UAAAUCUAUGACAAGCAUUGAUUCUGAAAAUAGGACUCACACCCAAAAAAGGCAAGUCAGAAGAUCUAAUCGCAUGGAUGACUACUUGAUGUUUGACUCUUCCUGUUCCUCAACGAAACAAAAUGAAGAAGAUCAACCAUUUAAAUCUGAGUAUUUCGAAACAUUGGACAUACUAGUUGCUGAAUUACAGAGAAGGUUUUCAGACAACGAUGAUCUGUUAAAUUCUGUAGCGAGUCUCGAUGAGUUGGAUGUGAACAAAAUGGAACCUUUGAAAAAUUUAGGUAUAACAAUUCCAUCAAAUGAAGAGGCUACAGUGGUUAAAGCUUAUUUGAGUCGUCGUGAGGAUAAAACAGAAGACAUAGUGCAAGUUUUGUACAGACAGCGAGAGGCUUUCAAAGAUACAUAUGAACUCUUUGCAUCUGUGGCGACCAUAGGAUGUAGCACUGCUGUUUGUGAAUCUACUUUUUCAACCUUAACUGCAAUCAAUAGACCUCAGAGGCUGUCAAUGAGUCACGAAAGAAUGGCAGGCAUGGUAUUUCUGGCCUUUGAAAAGAGAAGGACUCAGUCUGUUGAUCUGAAUGAAGUCCUUCGCAUAUUUAAUAAUAUGACAAAUCGAAGGAUUCAGCUGUUUUGAGGAAGUUUUUUAUCAUCAUUAUAUUAAUCACAACAUGUUGAAAGAAAUAAUAUAAACUGAAGAAAUAAAUAUUUUUAUAUAUA